AUGCCAUUUUAAAUUAAGCUUUUUGAGAAAUAAGUAGUUUUCAUGCUGUCACAUUUUUUAACAUUGGAAUAUAGCAUACCUAAACUCUUCUAAUGGCUCCUUAUUAUUUAUUCAAUUGUCUAAUCAAUUUCAUACUCAUUUUACUACUAAUAUACUUAAGAUGAAUAACUUAGACAUAGUCUUACUAAAAUUACACUCAUAACAAGGCUAUACUUAUACAUUCAAAAUUAAAAUAUAAAGUCAGCGUUAUUUUGGCUACUUGUCAUUAUACAAAAUUUAAUUUUUCUUAUUGCUUGUUGCGCUGCUUAUAAAAAUCAAUAUACAUUAGGGAAUUUAUCAUUUUGGACCAGAUUCAUUUCAAUUCUCUUUUCUUUUUAUAUCUAUUAUUUUUCAACUGCUUUUUUUCCUCUUAUUUUUGAAAUUUGCCUUUUUAAUUCAAAUGAUCUAGCAUAAUUUUGUAUUUCCAUCUUUAUAAUGAUUCAAACUCUAAUUAUUAUGAUUUUAGGAGAACUUGUAUUUAGAAGAGGAUUAGUACUAAAAUCAACUUCUUAGUUAUAUAUUAAUAUGACAACAUACUCAUAUAUAAUUAAAAUUCUCAAAUUAAUGUAAAUCAUAUUUUUUUUUUAUUUACAUUCACAAUUUCUCUCAUAAGUCAUUUAAUGUAUAAUUAAUAUCUUAAUAUAAUUAUGCUUUAUUGCAGAAUAGAUUAAAGUUAAAGUUUAUGCUUAAAAAAUCUAUUCAAGAACUAUUAUUAUUUUUAGUUCAAUUGGAUUAGUACUUUCUUUUGAUGUUCUCUUAACCCAAUAGACUAAUAAUAAUAAUUACUGGAUAUUAAUUUGCAUAAUUGUAAUCAGAAUCUUGAUGUUUUUUGAAGAAUUUAAAUUUGAUAAAAUAUCUAAUUAUGAAGUUAAUGAACUAAAAUAUCUUUUUUCUUUUCUAGAUUUAAGCAAUCCUGAAAAAACUGUUACUAGACUUCAAAUUUUCAUAUUAUUUAAAAGCCAUUUUUAAAGUUGUGAUAAAAAGUAAAUUUGUUACUGUACAAAAUAUCAAAAUGAUUAUUAUCUAGCACUAAUUAAAAUUAUAGAAAGUAGAAUUGAGGAAAAACUACACGGAAAAAUUGAAAUAUCUAGGGAUUUAAUUUGCACUGAUUAUGCUUAAAUUUUGUUUAGAAGUUAAUAAUAUGUUAAAGCCUAAUAACAUAUAACCAAAUUUUUAGCAAAAGAAACUUUUAAUUAUGAAAAAAACUAAAACCCAUUAUCAACAAUUACUAUAUUCUUAUUAGAAUUUUUAAAGGCAGAAGUUUUAAAUUAAGUAGUAAUUUAAAUAACUGAAAAAAUAUUUAUCUCAAAUCAAAAUAAUAAAUUAAUUAAUGAAUCAUUAAAGUCAUUUGUACUAAAUGAAAAUUCUGAUUCUUUAAUAAUAUCCAAUUUAAAAAAAAUAAUUCAAACGAAAAUUUAAUUCUAUUAUAAUUUUGUUGAACAUUAAAAUAAUUAUUUUGGAAAUGUAAAUUAUGCACUCUAAUUUAUAAAUUAAAUUUAACAGUUUAAGGAUACUCUGUUAAAUAGAUAUAAUCAGUUUCCAAGUAUUUAUAAAUAAUAAAUUUAGCAAGCAGUAAUUAAAAUAUAUUGAAGUAUUUUUCUCUACAUAUUCUAAAUGAUUAUAUUGAUUCAUUUAAUAUAAAUAGAGGGAAAGCUUUUGAAGAUGAUAAGUUCAAUUAAUUUUCUGGACAAAUGUAUCAUAAAAUAUUUGGUAUAAAUCCUGCUUAUUUUAUAACUGAACUAAAUUCUGAAUUAGAUGUAAUAAUAACUAAGAAAUCUUAAAGAGCAUAAUCUUUAUUAGAUUAAUGGAAAAUUUAAUAAUAUGAAUAAAAAUAUCAUUAAAAUACUGAGUUGAAUACUUACUUGCCUGAAUACGUAUUAUAGAAACAUAGUAGUUUAAUAGAAAAGUUCUUAAGUGAUGGGAGAAAUAAGUAUUAUUAACAGUAAAAUUUAUCAUUUUUUAAAUAAUCAGAUCAGGUAAUGAUGCCUAUAUAGAUAAUGAUAAGUAUGAAUUAAACAAAUUAUGAUAAAUUUUCUUUCCUUACAUUUUUUUAUGAAUCACUUGAUUAUAGAUCAUAUAUAGUUGUAGAUAAACAUUUAGAGAUUUUGAAUAUAAGUUCAAAUAUUCAAGAAAGUUUAUUUUAAGGGGAAAAUAAAGUUCAUUCAAAUUGUGUAACAAAAUUAAUUCCAAAUUUUUAAUAAUUAGUAUCUACACAUUAACAUUAAUUUUAUAAUUAAGAAAUAAAGUUAAUAAAAGAAUAUCAUCAUUAAAAAGUAGCAUGUUCUUUUACUGGUAAUAUUAAGAUAGAGAGAAAAUUUGAAAAUUAAUACAAAUGUUAUUUUGUUGAAUUAGAUAAUAUAAGAGCGAUUUCAAAGAAGUUUAAAGAUGAGAAUUCAACUUUAUAUAUGGCUUCAUUGACUCAAUUUCCUGGUUCAACUUAGAAAAUAAUGAAUAUAAAUAGUGAAUUUAACAAUUCAGAAGAAAAGUUGAUUCCUUAUAUUGAUAUUGAGAAUCAUUAUCCAAUUCCAGAGAAUUCUUUAUGUAUAAUAUAAUAAGAACAUCAUAGAUAAACAAUAAAUUAAACUGAUACAAAUUUAGUUUGUACUUUAUAGAUGGUUGAAAUGGGAAAGAGUAAUAAUGUAUUUGAACCAUUAUCUUAGAAACGAUUAUUACACAGUUCUAAAUAUUCAAAUGAUGAGGAUAUGAAAAAAUAAGUAAAUAAGAUUGUUGAAGAAGAUGAAUUUUUAGAAAUAGGAUCAACAUCAUCAGUUUCUGCAAUUAGAAGAUCUAAAUAUUAUAAGAAAUUUGAGAUAAUAACAAUAUUAAUGAAAUCAAAGAGAUAAUCAUAGAAAAUAAUAAAAAUGAAUAAAUUCAUAUGUUUAUAUACAUGUGUAAUAUUAUUAGGAUUGAUAAUAGUAAGAUAUAUUAUAUAUAAUUAAUUAGUAAAUAUUAUUGAUUGAAAACUUAUAAAAAUUUGUAGAGGACAUAAAAACAUUAUCAAUAAGGUAUGAUGUAGUAGAGCCAUACGAAUCAUUUUAUGUAUCUAGAUUUUCUUAGGUUAAUUAUAGAGAGUAAUUAAGUGGAGGACAUAUUAAUGCUAGUUUAUAUGCUCAAUUAACUAAAUAUCCUUUUUCUACUUUUAAUUUAAUGUAUGAUCAUUUGAGAGACAGCAUGUAUAGUGUAUUAGAAAGAAGAGAGAUUGAUUAAUUAUCAGAGAAUGAAUAUAUUACUAUAUAUUUUCUAAAUACUUCAUAUGUUGGAUAUACAAAGAAUGUAACAAUAAGAUCAUUAGCUAAUAUAUUGAUGAAUUAUUAAUAUGAUUUUAAGUUAGGAUUAACAAUAAGAAGUGUUGCAUUUGAUAGUCCAUUCUUUUAUUUUACAAGUAAGAAUUAUCUUAUAAUAAAACAUACAUUUGAUGGUUUAAAUAAAAUAGUUCUAGAUGCUACUUUAUAAAGAUCUACUUUAGAAAGAGAGAAAUGGUUAUCAGUAUUAUUACCAUUUAUUGUUACAAGUUUAUUAUUAUGUUUAAUAAUAAUUAAUAGUUAUAGAGAAUAUAAUUAAAUAAUGAAUUCAAUAUUUUAAUAUUUAAUGGAUUUAGAUUAAUAGAUAUUAGAUGAUGAAAAAAAGAGACUUUAAAAACAUUUAAGCAUAGUUUCAAAUGAAUUAGAGAAAGUGAAAAGAUUUGAAUUUGAUAUUGAUGUAAUUGAUAUUGAACUUGAUGAGUGUAAUAAUUAAUUAAAUAGAAAUAACACAAAAAGAGAAGGUAAAAGAUUUAAAAUUACUAAUAAUUAUCUAAGAUUAACAACAUUUAUUGGUUUAAUACAUUUUCUUUUAUUCUUUACAUUUUAUAUGGUUAUAUAUUUAAUUAUUGAAAGAUACUUUGAGAAAUAUGAUUAAACUGCUAUAAUAUAUUAAAGAAUUAGUGAUUUAGGAGUUGAUAUUCCUACAAUAUAUGCUUAAAGAGAGGUAUUAUAUAGGAGAACCUUAAGAUACUUUUUUUUAACAACUGCUGAAAUAGAUGGAGUAUAUGAUGUAUUUUUUUAGGCAUAUAACAAAGUUGAAGAAUAUUCUUAAUUAAGUAUUGAUUUAAGUUCGAAUGAAUAUUUAUUUGAUGAAAAUGCUGUAAAUUUCUAUUAAAGUAUAACAACUGGAAAUUUAUGUGAAUUUUAAACAGAUAAAUUUAAAGAACUUUCAAAUUCUACUUGUGGAUUAGCAAUGAAUGGUAAUUUAUUAAAAGGUUUAUCUUAAAUAUUACCAUAUAUUUUAUAUACUUUAAAGACUUAAUAAUAUGAAAGUAAAAACUUUACAAUUUUACCAACAAAUACAAGAUUAGAAUUAGAGGGAGCUACAAUAAUAGGUAAUGUAAUGUCAACAGUCAUAUCUUAACUAUAUGAUAAUUUAUUGAUUUCAUGUCUAAAGUUAAUGAAUUACACUUAGAUUCCAUGUAUAAUGUUUCUUGUAUUUCAAUUUAUUUGCAUAUCAAUUUAUAUUGUUAUUAUUAAUUAGAAACAUUAAUCACAAUUUCAAUCAAUUAAACAAUCAAUAUUUUUAUUUCCAAGAUAGACUUUAAUAUUUGAUGAUUAAUUUUAUAGGAAUUUUAGAUCAAUAAUAAAAGAUGAAGGAAUUUAAUAAUGA